GCUCCCUCAUGCCCCCCAAACCACGUUCGACAACUUCGUGGUGCCUGGUGACCUUAGCAAGGCCAUCGAGCGGAUCGACGCGCGUUUGGACGCGGAGCCCACGCCCCGUAGGCCGUUGCGGGCCCUGUUCUCCGACCCCAGGGGUGGCGCGGGGCUCAGGCGCAUGCCGACUCCGCUCUUUAUUCUGUCGAAAAG